CAUAGAAGUCAGAGAAAAGAACUGGAGAGAGCUCUCUUGAGGAAGCAAAAACUUGUCCGCUAGCAUCUCUUACAGCUUGAGAACCUGAUAUGACAUCACAUCUCCUGGUGGACAAUACAUUAAAGAACCUGUUAGGAACAUAGAUCCGAUACCACCCAUGGUACCAGCAUUGAAAGGUAAGAAUUUCAGCAAGAUGAGCCGGGAAGAUUUAGAAGAUUGUUUGUUUCAUCUUCGUGAAGAGCACAUGUUGCUAAAAGAGCUUUCUUGGAAGCAACAGGAUGAGAUCAAAAGGAUGAGAACCGCCUUGCGGCGGUUGAUCACUGCGGGGCGGGACCUGAGGGCUGAGGUGGCCCCGGAGCAGCUCCUGCAGCAAGCAAGGUGUCGGGAUGCGGGGUGGCGGCAGCGCCCCACCAAGCACCAGCGUGCCUUCAAACUUGGGCAGCAACAGCAGUUCCAGCGCGGAGACCCCCCUGUUUCCCGGCACACCCAGCCUCGGGUCCGCGUGGGACAAAGACAGCUCCGCAGCGCCGGCCCCCCGGAGCCCGAGAAACCCAAGGCCGAGCCAAGAGACAGGCUGAGCUACACAGCCCCUCCCACAUUCAAGGAGCAUGUGAUAAAUGAAAAAACCAGAGAUGAAAUAUCCAGUGAACCCAGCAAACUUGCUCACAUUAUGACCAGCAAUACUAUGCAAGUAGGAGAACCACCCAAGUCUCCUGAGAAAAUGUGGUCCAAAGAUGAAGAUUUUGAACAGAGAAGCUCUUUGGAGUGUGCUCAGAAGGCCACAGAGCUUCGAGCUUCCAUCAGGGAGAACAUAGAGCUGAUUCGGCUUAAGAAGCUCUUACACGAAAGGAAUAUCACAUUGGUAGCGACAAAAGCACAAUUAACAGAAGUUCAAACGGCAUAUGAAACUCUGCUCCAGAAGAAUCAGGGAAUCCUGAAUGUGGCACAUGAUGCCCUCCUUGGCCAAGUGAAUGAGCUCAGGGCAGAGCUGAAGGAGGAGAGCAAGAAGGCUGUGAGUUUGAAGAGCCAACUGGAAGAUGUGUCCAUUCUGCAGAUGACACUGAAGGAGUUUCAGGAAAGAGUUGAAGAUUUGGAAAAAGAACGAAAAUUGCUGAAUGACAAUUAUGACAAACUCUUAGAAAACAUGCUGGACAGCAGUAAUCAGCCUCCCUGGAGCAAAGAACUUGUAGGAGAAGAGCUACAGCAGAAAGUCUCUCAGUUGCAGGAUCAGCUGGAUGCUGAGCUGGAGGAAAAGAGAGAAGUCUUACUUCAGCUGUCCAGAGUGACAGCUCAAAACAUGGAUCUGAAGCUUGAACUCACCAACCUGCUUCAGAAACAUAAACAGGAAGGAGAGACCCUCCAAAAUAAAGACACAGUUUCCCAAUGUCCAGACAGGCCAGCUGAACCAGCCACUCCCCCAGCUCUAUUCCACGAGACCACUCAGAUAGAGCUCUGUGAACCAAAAAACCCAGAAGAAAAGAAACUGUCCCAGAUGUUAAGUGAGUUGCAAGUAUUGCAUGCCGAGACCACGCUGGAGCUAGAAAAGACCAGAGACAUGCUUAUUCUGCAAUGCAAAAUCAACCUGUGUUAUCAGGAGGAACUGGAGGCAAUGAUGACAAAAGCCGAUCAUGAAAAUAAAGAUCACAGAGCAAAACUGGAGAGGCUGAACACACCCCUAGACCUCAAGAACAAUCAUAUCAAGCAGCUUGAAGAACAGCUCAAAGAUGUGACUUAUGGUGCCCGACAGAUGUCAUUAUGUCUGGAAACUUUGCCAGCCCAUAGAGAUGAGGAUAAAGUGAACAUUUCUCUGCUGCAUCAGAGUGAGAAUCUUCUUGAGCUGCACAUCCACCAGGCCUUCCUGACAUCUGCUGCUCUGGCUCAGGCUGAAGACACUCAACCUACCACUUUCUGCACCUAUUCCUUCUAUGAUUUUGAAACCCACUGUACCCCACUAGCUGUGGGGCCACAGCCACUCUAUGACUUCACCUCCCAGUAUGUGGUAGAGACAGACUCCCUUUUCUUGCACUACCUUCAAGGGGCUUCAGCCCAGCUUGAUCUUCACCAGGCUCUAGCCAGUGAGCACCACACCCUUGCAUCUGGAUGGAUCUGCUUUGACAGGGUGCUGGAAACUGUAGAGAGAGUCCAUGGCUCUGCCACACUUACUGGAGCUGGUGGAGAAGACUUCGGGGUGCUAGAAUACUGGAUGAGGCUGCACUUCCCCGUAAGAUCCAGCCUACAGGCAUGCAAUAAGCGAAAGAAAGCCCAGGCCUCCCUGUCAGCCAAUGUGCUUGGAGCCUGGAGGGCCCAGGAGGAUGAGUCCAGAUCAGAGACUUGGAAGCAUCAGAAUGAGCUGCGGGUGGAAAUCAUCAGAUGCUGUGGCCUCCGGAGUCGAUGGCUGGGAGCCCAACCCAGUCCGUACACCAUGUACCGCUUUUUCACCUUUCCUGACCACGACACUGCCAUCAUUCCAGCCAGUAAUGAUCCUUGCUUUGGAGACCAGGCUCUGUUUCCAGUGCUCGUGACUUCUGACCUGGAUCACUAUCUGAGACGGGAGACCCUGUCUAUAUACGUUUUUGAUGAUGAAGACUCAGAGCCUGGCUCGUACCUUGGCAAAGCCCAAGUGCCCUUGCUGCCUCUUGCACAAAACAAAUCCAUUAAAGGUGAUUUUAACCUCACUGACCCCGUGGGGAAACCCAAUGGAUCUGUUCAGGUACAAAUGGAUUGGAAGUCUUGCUAUCUACCUCCAGAGAGCUUCCUGGAACCAGAAGCUCAGACUAAGGAAAAUGAUGCCGACAGUUUAGAGACCUCAUCUGAUGAGGAAAAGGCUUCCUUUCCUUCCCAGGUGGUGUCUGCUGAGAUUCCCAUUGAAGCUGAUCAGUAUCCAGCUAAGAGAAAACCUCCUCAGGUGGGAGAAAGGAAGGAAAGGGAACACCAGGUUGCGAGCUACUCAAGAAGAAAACAUGGCAAAACAACAGGCAUCCAGAGAAAGAACAGAAUGGAGUAUCUUAGUCGUAACAUCUUAAGUGGAAAUACGCUACAACAGGUGAACUACACUGAAUGGAAGUUCUCAGGGCUUAAGCUCUCCAUAGAUGAUGAUUUAAAAGACCGGCAAAAGGAAGAGGAAAUGAUAUCAUUUUCAGCACUGAUACAAAAUGAAGCCCUCCAUCUUGUAAAUGCAGAUAAAGAAUCCUGUGAACAAGCUUCUGAGGUCAGUGAAGCACAAACCACAGACAGUGACGAUAUAGUGACACCCAUAUUGCAGAAACGUCCUAAGGCAGAUUCAGAGAAGAUGUGCAUUGAAAUUGUCAGCCUGGCCUUCUACUCAGAAGCUGAAGUGAUGCUUGAUGAGAACGUAAAACAGGUGUACGUGGAGUACAAGUUCUAUGAUAUACCCUUGUCAGAGACGGAGACUCCAGUAUCCCUGAGGAAACCGAGGGCAGGAGAACGUAUCCACUUCCACUUUAGCAAGGUGAUAGACCUGGACCGACUGGAGCAAAAAGGCCGAAGGCAGUUUCUGUUCGCCAUGCUGAAUGGACAAGGUCCUGAGCAAGGACGUUUAAAGUUCACAGUGGUAAGUGAUCCUAUGGAUGAUGAACAUGAAGAAUGUCAAGAAGUAGGAUAUGCGUAUCUGAAACUGUGGCAGAUCAUGGAGUCAGGACGAGACAUUCUCGAGCAAGAGCUCGACAUUGUUAGCCCCGAAGACCAGCUUACCCCAAUAGGAAGUCUGAAAGUGUCCCUUCAAGCUGCUGCUGCCUUCCAUGCUAUUUACAAGGAGAUGACUGAAGAUUUGUUUUCAUGAUAGAACAAGUGCUAUUCCAUUCUAAACUCUAUGAGGGAACCACAGUAAAAAGUCCCUUAUAAAGUAACUUGCUAAGCCAUGAAUUUGGUUUACUGUGAUGUCUAGUAUCUCUCAACUUAAUCAUGAAAGUUUAGAAUGUGAGCUUGUUUUUGUGACACUAGCUAGACAAAGGCAUUAUUUUCUAACACCUUAGCCCUCUACCAGGCCAGCAGGCUUGC